GCAUGAACACAUCUCGCUAGAACUUCUACCACAUUGCCGGCCGGAUGCCAAACAUAGCGUAGCAGGACUGCAAAGGAAGCUGGACGCUAAUGUAAUCGUUCCACUUCACACUUCCAUGGAUCAGCCACCUGCAGGACGCCAGACGCGGUAG